AUGUCUGCCCUUGAUAUUUUGAAAAGAAAGUCCGGUGUCAUCGUCGGUGAUGAUGUCAGAAACCUGUUCUUGUACGCCCAGGAGAAGGGAUUCGCCAUUCCAGCCAUCAACGUGACCUCUUCCUCCACUGUUGUUGCUGCCUUGGAGGCUGCCAGAGAUGCCAAGUCUCCAAUCAUCCUCCAGACCUCCCAGGGUGGUGCUGCUUACUUUGCCGGUAAGGGUGUCGCCAACAAGAACCAGGAGGCCUCCAUUGCCGGUGCCGUUGCUGCGGCCAGCUACAUCAGAGCAAUUGCCCCAACCUACGGAAUCCCAGUCAUUUUGCACUCUGACCACUGUGCCAAGAAGCUUUUGCCAUGGUUCGAUGGUAUGCUGGAGGCCGACGAGGCCUACUACAAGGAGCACGGAGAGCCUUUGUUCUCGUCGCACAUGUUGGAUCUGUCUGAGGAGACUGAUGACGAGAACAUUGCCACGUGUGCCAAGUACUUUGAGAGAAUGGCCAAGAUUGACCAAUGGCUCGAGAUGGAGAUCGGUAUCACCGGUGGUGAGGAAGACGGUGUGAACAACGAGAGCGUCGACAAGGACUCCUUGUACACCUCCCCAGAGACCGUUUUUGCCGUUUACAAGGCCCUCUCUCCAAUUUCUCCAAACUUCUCCAUUGCUGCCGCCUUUGGUAACGUGCACGGUGUUUACAAGCCAGGUAACGUUGUGUUGAAGCCAGAGAUCUUGGGAGACCACCAGGCUUACGCUGCCAAGACCCUCGGUGUCUCUGCCCCUCACCCAUUGUUCCUCGUGUUCCACGGUGGUUCUGGUUCUUCGCAGUCUGAGUUUGACACCGCUAUCAAGAACGGUGUUGUGAAGGUCAACCUUGACACCGACUGCCAAUACGCUUACUUGACCGGUAUCAGAGACUACGUCCUCAACAAGAAGGACUACAUUCUGUCCAUGGUCGGUAACCCAGACGGUGCUGACAAGCCAAACAAGAAGUACUUUGACCCAAGAGUCUGGGUCAGAGAGGGUGAGAAGACCAUGACUGCCAGAAUAUCCCAGGCCUUGGAAGUUUUCCACACCAAGGAUCAAUUGUAG